UCAAAAUUCAAAAUUUCCCUUAAAAUUUAACAAAAAAUAAAAAUUAACGAUGUGUGACCCAUGUUGCGGACCUUUUGAGGCUGAACCACGCAUUCCGCCGCCCUGUCCAAAGAGCAUCACAGUGCAGCAGCCGCCGCGGCUGAUAUGCAAAAAGGAUGUUGUUUUUUGCGAGAAAACGAUUCCAGAGCCGAUGGUCGUGAAUCGCUGCAGGAACAUUACCAUACCCAAGGUUGUUGAAACGACGCGUGUGAUACAGGUGCCCAAGCUCAUAUGGGUUUCGCAGAUGGUUCGCGAGCCAAGGGUCAUCUACUAUCCAUCGACAGUACCAGAUCCUUAUGUGAUGUGUCAUCCAAAGAAAGUGUGCGAGCCGCGAGAGGUUUGCCAAACGCUGCUCUGCCAGCCAAAGCCGCAGGUCAUUGACGUACCAGCGCCCACUGAGUACUGCUGCUAUGAGAACGGGCCGGUUGGCUACACGGCCAGUCCUUCGUGUCCGCCAUUAAGCGGAAAUGAUUGCUGUUCGAUGUCCACCUUUGGCGCCCAGCAGUAUCCUAUGUGUGAACUGCCUUGCGGACCCUGUGGGCCCUAGCCCAGGGGCUGUCGGAGUCGGGAACUGCGCUGUGGCAUCCUAUACACAUCCUGUGACUGCGUCAAGCGUAAUGGCCUGCAGGA